AUGUCUUUAAAUUUGAACAAUAAUGAUGAAGCAGAUCUUGAAAUACAGAAGAUGAACGAUGAAUUGCAACAUUUAGAGAGAGAAAAACAAGAUGCUAAGGAUGAAUUACGAGCGGUCGAAAUGCGUAUCGAAGAACUUAAGCAAGCAUCAAAAGAUCACGAAGCAGAAAUUCGUCGAUUGGAUGAACAAAUCAAGCAACUGAAUAAUGAGUUAGAGAGACUGGAACAAGAACUCGAAAAUUUACGAGAUGAACAAACUCGCCUAGAACAACAACGUCGUCAACAGCAAUUGGAACAUGAUCGACUUCAAGACAAACUCUAUCAAGAAACAGAACGUCUUCGUGAACUUCAAGAGCAACUGAAAGAACUCGAAGAUCAGAAGCAUGAAUUAGAAGAGCAACGUGCACAACUCGAACAACGUCGACAACAAUUCGAACAAGAGAUACAUCGAAUCGAAGCACAAAUUGCACAACUUGAACAACAACUACAGGAGUUACAAAGUCGUCUUGAACAAUUAGCUCAAGAAAUACGAUUACUCGAAGUCGAAAUAGAUCGUCUCGAAAGCGAAAUCAAAGACUUAUACAACAGAAUUGAGGCACUUGAAAGACAAAAAGAAAAUAUUCAACAACGUAUUCGUGAAAAUGAGACAAAACUUGAUGCCAAUGAAGCUGAACAAAAAAGGAUCGAAGAUAUGAAACAGCGCAUAGCUCAUUUGAUCAAUUUAAAGAAGAAUCAUAUUCAAGAGUUGAAAAAGGAACAAGCAAAGUUAGAACAGGAAAAACGCGAAACACAAAAAAACGUAAAUCGUCUUAAAACAGAAUUGCAGGCGGCUCAAAAUCAAAUGAAUGAAUGUCAAGCUGUAGUCAAUCGGCUUCGGCAAGUGUUAGCUGCACUUUCACAAGAGAUACAGAAGACGAAUAGGGAAAUUCAACAGCUGAAUGGAGAAAAAAAUAAAUUACAAGGUCAAUUGCAGACGCAGACGAAAGAACGUGUUGAUGUCGAUAAAAAAAGACAGGAGACAAACACAAAACUUGAUGGAAAGAAAAGUGAAUUACAAAAUGCAGAACAACAACGGGAUAGACUUCAACAAAGCAUAACUCGUCUAGAAAAUGAACUCAAAACGUUACGUGAUAAUCUUCGCUCUCUUAUUGAUCAACGUGACAAGUGUGUCGAACAACUGGAACAUGAACGCGUAAAACAAAACAAACUUGAACAAGAAUUGAAAACAGAAGAAGACAAACAACGACAAGCAGAGCAAGCUCAUCAAAAGCAGGAACAACAAGUGAGAAAUGAUGAAGCAGCUUUACGACAAGCUGAGAGUAAAGAAGCAGCAGCGCGUAUGGCUGAACAACAAGCGCAAGUUGAAUUAGCAACAGCACGAGCUAAUUUGGCGGCUGCUCAAGCAGAGCUGGCUAGUGCAACAAUGGCAGUCGCCGCUGCCGCAGCCGUUCCAGGGGCUUCUGCUGCAGCAGCAGCCAGAGUAGUAGCAGCUCAAGUAAAAGUUGCUGCUUGUCAAGCACAAGUAACACAGCGCACAAUGUAUCAUCAAAUAAAAGCGAGUGAACAUACGGCAGCUCGUGCACAUACUGCAAAAUGUCGAACCACUCUACAACAAGCUCGUGUGAUGCUUCAACAGCGUAAAACGGAACUCGAAACUCAGAAACAACGAGUGAAUGCCAAAAAACGAGAACUUGACCAACAGAAAACAGUAGUAACAAUAACAAAAGAUAAACUCGAAAAACUGAAACAAGAUUGCAAACAAGCAGAACAAAAGGUCAAAGAAAAGGAGACAGCAGUGAAAAAUGAAAAGUCUCAACUUGAAAAACAGAAGAAAACAUGCGAAACGUUGAAGACGGAGAUCAAUCAACUUGAUACAGCAGUCAAGAACUUAGUUCAACGUGUCCAAAACCUGGAUCAACAAAUAAAAAAAUCGCAAGAUGCAUUGACACAAAAUGAUUAUCAACUAAAAGGCAAACAAUCUCAGCUCAAUCAACAAAAAACUCAAGAAACAGCAAAAACACGAGAACGCGAUGCAAAUAUAGCUGAAGUGAACAAACAAGCGGCAAUUGUACGAGAAAAACAGAAGGAAGUCAUGCGCAUCGACAAUCAUUUACAAAAUGUGCAAGCGAAUCUUGAUAUGUUGAACAAGUCAGUGCCAGAACUUGAGAAAGACUUAGCUGAUCAGGAUCAAACGUUAAAAGAAGUGCAAAAAGCAAUGCAAAAACUUGAAACCGAACAUUCGAAACUUGAAUCUCAGAUGAACGAACUUGAUCGUGAGAAACAACAGGCGGAACGAGAUAUUAAAACACUAACGCGUGAUAUUGAAAGGCAACGUGUGACUCUAAACGAAAAGGAACAUACAAAAGGCUCUCUUCAGGCGGAAGUGAACAGGAAAAAGUCAGAUAUAGCAGCAAAACAAUCGCAAAAGCUAGCACGUGAAGCACAAUUGCAUGCUGUUGAAGAGCAACAGCUAGCUAAUAAGCAAGCAAUCAAAAAUGUCGAAAGACAAAUGAAUAACACGGAACGACAGAUACAGCAACAGUCAACUUUACAACAGGAAACAAAACGUCUUUGUGAUCAAGCUGAAGCACAACUGCGUAGUACAGAACGUGAUCUUGAUCGACUUACUCGGCAGCUGAAUGAAAAACAAAAUGCGUAUGACAAAAGAAAAAGUACUGCGGAUAAUUUGAACACUCAAGCAGAGCAUCGACGAACAGCACAAGUGGCUGUUGAUCAAGAACUGUCGCAGCUAUCAUCUACACUUCAAUCUCGACGAGCAAAAAUAGCUCGCACACAACGUAAUAUAUAUCAAGCGAACCAGUAUAUUGAAGCGCAUCAAUCGAAACAAACAUAUCAAACGACUAAUGCCAACAAUACGCUUAGACCAUUUGAAGAGUAUGACAAUGAAGAGGAUGUGAUAAAUGUGACCAAUAUCCAAAAACUCAAUGCUUAA